AUGUUCUCACGACUUACCUUGAAGGCUGCGAAGCCCGCGGCACUCGGUGCUACCGGCCUCUUGCCGCGGGCCCGCUUCAUCUCCACUACCUCCAGCCUUGCCUCCAAGGCUGCUCUAGGUAGCAAGGGCAGACAGAUGCCCCAGACUCUAUCUCGAGGCACAACCCCUGCCUCUGGAAUGGAGGCCACACUUACUCUCAGGGAUGGCCCCAUUUUCCACGGAACGGCCUUCGGGGCUAACUCGAAUAUAUCUGGCGAGGCCGUCUUUACCACUUCCCUUGUGGGUUACCCGGAGUCAAUGACUGACCCCUCGUACCGUGGCCAAAUUUUGGUCUUUACUCAGCCAUUGAUUGGAAAUUACGGUGUCCCGGCCCCCCUGCGUGACCAAUGGAACCUUUUGAGACACUUCGAAUCCCCCCACAUCCAAUGCGCUGGAAUUGUGGUGGCCGAUGUUGCUGAGAAGUACAGUCAUUGGACUGCUGUGGAGAGCUUGGGCGAUUGGUGUGCUCGAGAGGGCAUUCCUGCUAUUUCGGGUGUUGAUACUCGUGCUAUCGUCACUCACCUCCGGGAGGAAGGUUCCUCCCUUGCCAGGAUCUCGGUCGGUGAUGAAUACGAUGCAGACGAGGACGAGAGUUUCGUCGACCCCGGCCAAAUCAACCUGGUCAAGCGAGUCAGCACUAAAGCUCCCUUUGUGGUGGAAGCCCACAACCCGAAGUAUCACAUUGCUUUGCUUGACUGCGGUGUGAAGGAGAACAUUCUCCGGAGCUUAGUGAGCCGCGGAGCCAGCGUCACUGUUUUCCCUUACGACUUCAAGAUCCAGAAGGUCGCCGACAACUUUGAUGGUGUAUUCAUUUCCAACGGCCCUGGUGAUCCGACUCAUUGUCAGUCUACUGUGCACAACCUGAGAGUCCUGAUGGAGACUUCUCAGGUGCCCAUUAUGGGUAUUUGCCUCGGUCACCAACUUCUAGCUCUGGCGACUGGCGCUCAAACCAUCAAGUUGAAGUAUGGUAACCGGGCACACAACAUCCCGGCCUUGGAUUUGACUACCGGGCAAUGCCAUAUUACGAGCCAGAACCACGGCUAUGCCGUUGACGCGGGUACUCUAUCAUCUGACUGGACAGAGUACUUCGUCAACCUCAACGAUGGUAGUAACGAAGGUAUGCGUCACGUAUCCCGGCCAAUCUUUUCAACCCAAUUCCACCCAGAGGCUCGAGGUGGUCCCAUGGACAGUGCCUAUCUGUUUGAUAAGUACAUUGAGGAUGUGAUGGCCUUCAAGUCCUGCCAGGCUGUCUACAAGGACAACCGCCCAUCGCAGUUCAUGCUUGAUAUCCUCAGCAAAGAACGUGUUGGCGUCCAGCCAGAGCCUUUGGCCAGUGCCGCCUAG